GCGAGUGGGUGAGUGUGUGUGUGUGUGUGCGUGUGUGUGUGUGUGCAUGUGUGUCUAUGUGUGUGUGUGUGUGUGUGUGUACAAGUCACUGCUCAAAUCACUGGGAGUGAUCAGAGACACAAGCUUUGGUCAAGUAUGGAUGCCUCAGACACCAUGACAGGAGGCCACUCUCCCUCUGCUAGCCGGGACUGCCGUCUGUGAGGCCUGUCUCAGACCAUCCACAACCCAGACACCUUUUGACUACAUGAAGAUUCCUGUCACCGGUUAUGUGAUGAAUAAAUUUGAGGUCCUUGGGAUUGUUGGAGAAGGGGCCUAUGGGGUGGUUCUCAAGUGCAGGCACAAGGAGACAAAAGAGCUGGUGGCCAUAAAGAAGUUCAAGGACAGUGAAGAAAAUGAGGAGGUUAAGGAGACAACGCUGCGUGAGCUUAAAAUGCUCCGCACACUUAAGCAGGAGAACAUUGUGGAGCUGAAGGAGGCCUUCAGGAGGAGAGGGAAACUCUACCUGGUGUUUGAAUAUGUCGAAAAGAAUAUGCUGGAACUACUGGAGGAACAGCCCAAUGGCGUCCCUCCAGAGAAAGUACGCAACUACAUCUACCAGCUGAUAAAGGCAAUCCACUGGUGCCAUAAGAAUGACAUUGUCCACAGAGAUAUCAAACCAGAGAAUCUCCUCAUCAGUUCCAACGAUGUUCUGAAGCUAUGUGAUUUUGGCUUUGCACGUAAUCUCUCCGAGGGCAAUGACGCCAACUACACGGAGUAUGUGGCCACCCGUUGGUACCGCUCGCCAGAGCUCCUGCUGGGCGCCCCCUACGGGAAGGCUGUGGACAUGUGGUCGGUGGGCUGCAUCCUGGGGGAGCUCAGUGAUGGCCAGCCCCUGUUCCCAGGUGAAAGUGAGAUCGACCAGCUCUUCACCAUCCAGAAGGUUUUGGGUCCGCUGCCUCCAGAGCAGAUGAAGCUCUUCUACAACAACUCACGCUUCCACGGCAUGCGGUUCCCUUCAGUGAGUCAUCCACAGACUCUGGAGAGACGGUACCUUGGCAUCAUCAGUGGAGGCUUGCUGGAUCUAAUGAAAAGCUUGCUUCAGCUGAGCGCAUCAGAGAGGUUCCUGACGGAGCAGAGCCUGAACCAUCAGGUGUUCCAAGCCCAGCGAGUCCUGGAGCGGCUCUUGCCCCCCUCCCCCACGCCGCCACGCUCAUCUAAGAGGAAGCCGUAUCAUGGAGACAACACCAUACCCAGCAGGAGUCAUGCGGGUAAGAGCUCAGGCCACCGUCGCUCCAAUGCCAAGGAGUGCUCGAGCCUGCCGCGCCACGAGGACCUGCACCGCAGCAGCGACACCUUCCUAAACGGCAGUGGUCCGGCACCGGUCAGUCUGAGCCCCAUCCUGCACCCCAAGAACUUCCAACAGACCCAGACGCUGAGCCGUUCCAUCUCCAGCAGCAAAGACCUGGCCAACAACCCGCUCCCGCACCUGCUCAGCCCCAAGGACAUCAAGGGCAAGACGCACUUUGACUUCAACAUCCCGCCGCCGCCCAACGUCGCGGCCGCCACUAAGCCACCAGACGGACCGGGCACCAAGUACCUGAAGUCGGCCAGUCGUUCCCAGCAGCCGCAGCAGCAGCAGCAGGGCCGGCCGGUGGCGUUUGUGGAGGGCAAGAACAACACACUGCAGCCAGGUGAGAAGCGCAGUCGCCAUGGCCACGUCCCGGUCGACCCCGCGUCCAACAAGAGCGGCGCCGCGUACCUCAGUUUGUCCAAGUCCCACGGGGGCAGCGGCGCUGGGCUGUCGCAGGGCCUGGGAGACGCCAAGUCCGUGGGCAACCUGAGCGGCGCGGGGCUUCUGCUGGACGAGCCGCCGCCGGGGCCUCCACGCUACUUCCCGGUCAGCUGCGUCGAUCUGAACGCCGCGCCCGGCAGCCCGGCAACCCAUCACACGUCUGACCGCUCCGGACACAGCCCCUCGUCCACGUCGGCGACCAUCACCCGUGGCAACCCGCACCUGGAGAGCAGCACCCUCGACUCUCGUCGGCCCUCAACCCGUCACAAAGGCCCAGAGGAGGCGCGGGUGGUGGAGACUCUGGACCCAGGAGGGAGGCCGGGAGGAGGUGGGAGUGGGAGUGGCAGUCACACUCACUCCCUGUCCACCCCCCACGAGUCCUUCCCCUACGGCCUGGGCUACACCAGCCCCUUCUCCUCGCAGCAGCGGCCACACCGCCACUCCAUGUACGUGCGGCGGGAGCGCCACCGGCCGCACGGUCAGGAGGGGGCACUGGCGGUCGGUCAGGUGGCGCCCACACGCGCCAGCAGCCUGCAGAUGCUCUCGCCACAGGUGCAGCACCGCACCCUCACACGCCACUCCGUAGGCUCCUCGCGCGAGGACUGCUCGGAAGACAUCGCCAGGGUCAGUUCCCCUGCACACACGAGACAGGGUGGAGCAGACAUCAUCAGGGUCAGUCCCCCCACACAAACAAUACAGAACGAUCCGUCUCCAAAAGAGGCGACCCAAACACGCCCCCCCAUCAAAGAUUCCACGCGGGACAACACUGCCUCCUUUCAUCCCCAGCGUUCAAAAAAUGAGGUGGGGAUGUAUCACGACCAACACCUUGAGGAUGGAGGCACUUCCUCCAAGGAGAACCGCAUCAUGUACAGCGACUCAAUGCCACGACGAGUAGGAAGCUUUUACCGAGUGCCAUCCCCAAGGCCUGACAACUUCCACGAUCCUACGGCUCCGGGUCGCGGGGUGCCCAUGCCUGGCGACAACAGCGCCAUGAGUAAUCACUCCAAGCGGCAGACCACCUUCGAGCCGUGGAAUACACCUGAAACAAUGGCCAUGAAUCCUCCGCCAGAGCCUCCAAAGCAUAAAGAGAAACAGGGUUUCUUUAGAGCAAUAAAGAAAAAGAAGAAGAAGUCACAAACGACAGACGUCGGCGAUGGAAGGGGUCCAAGCAUCAAGAAAAGUCUUUUCCCUCUAUUUAACUCAAAGAAUAGUGUAAAGCGUAGCCCCUCUGUGAAAGUAGUCUCCUCUCCCAUGGUGCCGGGAGACGUCCAGGAUCCAAUGGCUGCUCAGCGAGCGACAAAAUCUUCCUCCCAUCAGAGCAGCCGACACAGGAAUCGGGAUCGGGACCGCGACAGAGAUCGGGACCGGGAACGAGAGCGGGAACGGAGCCGAGAUCGCAACAGGGACCGAGAGCGAGAGAGGGAGCGAGAAAGAGAGAGGGAGCGAGAACGAGAGAGGGAGAGAGAGAGAGAGAGGGAGAGAGAAAGAGAUGAAUGGCCCACUGAGAAACUAGCAGAGCCACAUUCUCAGAACCAGCCUCUUAAGUCCCUCCGUAAGCUCCUGCACUUGUCCUCUCCGUCGACCAGCCAAGUGGCCGCCUCAGAGCCGCGCUUCCAGCCACUGCCCAAUCCACCCUCCAAAGGGAACUUUCCGGAAGCCAGAGUCCACUCGGGCAGCAGCAGUGGGGGCAGCGCUCCACAGUCCAAGAGCCGAAAGCCCACCUACCCCCUCCCGGGGCAGGUGGAGUCAAACUGGCACAUGUCUGCCCUGUCCAGGGCCGAAGGGGUAGCGUACCCCGACCAAAUGGCUGGCAAAGUGGGUCAGAACGGGCCCACCUUCACCCGCCCCACCAGGUCACGGAUGCCAAACCUCAAUGACCUGAAAGAGACGGCCCUGUAGAAUGUGUAGAGGACCUGUGGAUGGCCAUGUCUCAUUGCCAACUGAAUGAUCUCACACUCACUCACACACACACACACACACACGUACGCACACUCACACACACACACCCAGACCCACGCACUCACCAUGGUGCACAGUGCUUUUCUUGGCCAGGGUUUGGUGAUCACCAUGUCCUUCUUUUGGAAAUAUCAGUAUUUGAUAGAUUAACAUUUGUAUUUAUUAUUAUUAUUAUUAUUAUUAUUAUUAUUAUUAUUAUUAUUAUUUUAUGUGUUAAUUGUAAGUUAUGUUUGCUUUCAGGUCAAUAUUCUACUUAUAAAUAAUAUGUAUAUGGAAAUUUAUGAAUGAAUAUUCAAAGAGUAACUGCAGGAGCUUUAGUUUGUACAGAGACUAAAUGCAUUGAAAAGAAGCUAAUGUAAUAAUGAUAUAUUUCAUGAUGAGUAUUUAAUUGUUGUGUCUGAAAUAUUGUACAGAAUGUAUUUUGUUGUUAUGUGAACAUCAUGUCUUUUGUGUUUCUGUCAAAAUCAGUCACAAAUUGCUCUUUUCUUGCAUUCAUUCCUCCGGAGAUUUCAAUUGUAUUCAUAUCAUUUGCCUUCAUAAUGAUAAUAAUCAUUAAUACUCUAUUUAACAAAUCGUAGAGUGAGAUGAGGGUCCAUUUACUGUGUAUUGAAGAAUCAUUAGAGCCCUCGCACCAAAAGUGAGCCCCUCUCAGAAGAACUGGAUGAAUGCUCUCCCUCCACUAUGGUGAAGUAGACGUCCAAUCAGAAGAACCGGAUGAAUGCUCUCCCCCCACUAUGGUGAAGUAGACGUCCAAUCAGAAGAACCGGAUGAAUGCUCUCCCCCAACUAUGGUGAAGUAGACGUCCAACCUGCGGGAGAGGAACCUGAGGGAGAGAAGAAGAACCAUUUCCUCCACUAUUCCUGCGGGAGAGGAACCUGAGGGAGAGAAGAAGAACCAUUUCCUCCACUAUUCCUGCGGGAGAGGAGCCUGAGGGAGAGGAACCUCUCAGCGGUGUCUGCUGUACUGGAGGGAGUUGAUCAGCAGAGCUCCAGCGGGCCCGUAGGCGAUCACCAGAUUCCCCAUUAAAUUGAGUUUUGCUUCGCGGUCUGUCAGGUGUCUGGAGAUCGUUGCGUCCCCCGAGGCUCUGCCCGUUCACCCCAAUGGCCUCACAUCACCAGCUGGUGAGCACAGUGUCCUUGUCCAUGGCGCCUCAGACAAGCCAAGAGAAAAAACAGCUCAGCACUAGUCCAUCUCCUCAUGUGAAGCAAGGCUCUCAUCUAUAUAUUGCUUCAUUUUAUUUGAUUCAAAAUGUGGUACCACAAUGUGAUAUUGCCUUCCAUAAUUUGUGAUUCAUUUGGCUUUUAGAGGAAAAAGAAUAUAAAUAUGAAAGUAAUACAAUAUGAAAAGAUUUUGGAGGACUACAUUGGUUGAACAUGGUAAAUACAUAAUGGUAUAUAAUUAUCGUUUGGACAAUUGGACAACAUUAUAUAAAUACAAAAAUACUGAAUGCAUAAAACAUCUCUGCAACUUUUGUAACUGUUGAUUACUAAAGUAAUACACAAAUUCCAAAUAUAGCUUAUUUCAGAAUAUUUGCCAUUGUAAUCGUAUCUUAUGGUGGUGUUACUUUUAAAUCUGUUGUUUUCAUUUGUUUGUAUGUUCCUCAUCAGUAACGCACUUUAAAAAGACAGAGUUUUGUGCAAUGUUUUUGUCUUUUGUUAGAGCAGCACAUUCUGGUUCCAGUUUGUUUUGCCACUCGGGGAAGCAGAGUUAGUCCACAGUCCAUUAGUUCUGUCAUUAAUGGCAUUACUGAUGAGAGAAAUGAGAAUGGGGUGUUCGUAAUGAUCAGCAUGCAGGUCUAUUCAUAUCCAUCUUUCUGUAGAAGAAUCAAUCAAGGCAGUUCACAGCAAACACAACACAAAAAUACAAAUCAGGCUGUUAAGGGUAUGAAAAGCAUAAAGGUUCGUGGUCAUUAGUCCACGAUUCCUCUCAACAAUAACACUGUCAUUUCUAAAUGGUUUAUCCUUAUUGCAUCACUCAUCAUUGUAUUCACAUAUAUAUUUACACUGACGUCAUGACAUAUAGGAUUUACACUGACUUCAGUCCAUCCAUGACACCCUUUGGAUUCACGUUUUUUUUUUGUUUUUGUUUCAUUUACAUUUUUGCAUUUGCUGCUGGCACUUUAUAUGUUUGUUGAGACAACCUCUCUCAAAUUUCAAAUGUUUGCUAAAUUUCUCUCAAAAUCAUUUUUGUCCAGUGAAUGUAUACCUCUGAAAUGUAGUUACUGUUCUGCAAACGACCUUUUCUCAGUGCUUUGUUUGGGUAUAUAGUGUGGAUGGCAGACUGUAUGCUGAAUACAGUGACAGGAUCAUUGAUUGCCUUAAGUCUCCGUAAAGAUGAACAUUUUAGAGAGAUAACUUACUUCUGGUCUUCUUAAGUCUCUGUAAAGAUGAACAUUUUAGAGAGAUAACUCACUUCUGCUCUCCUUAAAGACGAACAUUUUAGAGAGAGUCUUCAGUUUGCUCAAUCUACUGCCACAGUUUCACCCAGAACUUAAAACAUGACAGCACGUCAUUUAGUUUCUUAAGAAAAAAUACAGCAGUAUUGUUUGAACUCUUGAAAGUGCUGCUUAGAAUAAAAAAAACCAUCAUGUUUGUGCCCAUUUUUCCCCAGUUCCUCCUGACCUUGUGUAAUAGGGGGUCGGGAUUUAAUUCAUUUUAUUCAGCCCAGUAACAGGGUCGGGAUUUAAUUCAUUUUAUUCAGCCCAGAGGCAUUUGGUUCCUUGCAGCAUCAUUACAGGAGCUGUAAACUACGACCCAUAUAAACUUGUUUAGCUAUUUCCUGCUCCCCAUGUUAUUCACAUCUCCAUAGAAACACACCCAAGGGCCUCUAAUGUGUCACAUGUACUGUUUCCUGUAGAAGAAUGUUGUGUAACACUGUGUGUCAGUUUGUACUGAACCAUCAUUGAGAAUUAAAUCAUUAAUGGCAUGUUUCGUAAUGGACAACUACAACACUGGCAGUGACUUGACAGCAUGCAUGAUUAUAUGGGUCUAAAUCAUUUGGGAAAUUGGGGGUUAUUUUAUCUGUAUUGUACUGUAUGUGGUAGUUCCACCAAGUAGACAAAAAUAAUUUUCAGAAGAAUGUUAUGGGUAUGAAUGUCAUAGUCAUGCAAAUAGAUUGUUCUGACUGUCUGACACCUCCAUAAGCAAUGUGAAACAAGCGUCUCAGGUGUUUCCUCUGGAAAAGGUCCACUGGAUUCACUCAACUAUUUCAUACGAAACCCAACCAGUUCCAGACUGUGUGCCAUUUCUGUAUCACUUUUACAGGAUUACCCAUAAUUUACCAUCCUGAAUUAUAUGAAAAUGUGACUGGGAACAGCAGGCCCAGUCAAUCCAUAGCGGUCACCAAUUUCAGAAGGGUGUCAUCUUCGUCCGUCACCUGACCAUGGUCUGUCUCUGUGUCAUCCAAGGGAAACUGCUUUGAUACGAUGUUAUUUGAAAAAUAUUUUAUAUGUUGUUGUUAUGGUUUCAUUGGUUUGAUGCCUUCAUGGGUACCCUCUUGGCAUGACAUACACAAACAGCAUUUAUAUUGUCUGUAUUUA